CAAAAAUGGCAUUAAUUUUAAAUUUAAUAAUAUUUUUAACAAUUAGUUCAACAUAUGUUGUAUUUAGUGGUACAAUUCAUCCAGAAAAUACAAAAAAUAAGGAUAAAAUUGUAGCAUGUUAUAUUGGUUCAUGGUCUGUUUAUCGACCAUUGCGUGGAUCAUUUCAAAUCGAAAAUAUUGAUCCAAAUUUGUGUACACAUUUAAUAUAUUCAUUUGCCGGUUUAGAUGUUGCAACGAAUAGCAUUAAAUCGUUAGAUCCAUGGCAAGAUUUAGCUGAUAAUUAUGGUAAAGAUGGAUUUGGACGUAUUAUUAAAAUUAAACAAACACAUCCACAUAUUAAAGUGAGUUUGGCAAUUGGCGGUUGGAAUGAAGGAUCGGAAAAUUAUUCAAAAUUAGCAAAUAGUACAUCAAGACGGAGUAGUUUUGUUAGUAGUGCUGUAAGUUUUUUGAAGAAGUAUAAUUUCGAUGGUUUGGAUUUGGAUUGGGAAUUCCCCACACAACGUGGUGGAAUCCCUGAAGAUAAACAGAAUUUUGUUUCACUAGUUAAAGAACUUCAUACAGCAUUUCAAAAAUAUAAUCUACUAUUAACAGCUGCAUUUAAUCCAAAUCCAAAAACAGUUGAUCAAGCGUACGAUGUUCGUGGUGUCUCAAAAUAUUUGGAUUAUUUACACAUCAUGAAUUAUGAUUAUCACGGUCUUUGGGAUGGAAAAACUGGGCCAAAUGCACCAUUGUACAGCGAUGAUGAUUUAAAUGUAGAAUAUAGUAUAAAAUAUUUCUUGAAAUUGGGUGCACCCAGAGAAAAAGUUGUUUUGGGUUUAGCAUUUUAUGGGCGAACAUUUAAUUUAGAUACUCCAAAUAUUGAAUCAUUGGGGACUCCUUCAACAACUGGUUUCCAGGGACCAUUCACUCGUGAAAAUGGAUUUAUGGGAUAUAAUGAAAUUUGUCUGGAGUUACAAAACAAUACAGAAAAGUGGACAAUUCAUUGGGAUAAAUUAAGUGCUACGCCAUUUGCUGUACAUGAAACUAAGUUAAUUGCAUACGACAAUCCCAAAUCGAUUGCAGAAAAAGUGAGAGUGGCCUUAAAAUAUCGCUUAGCCGGUGUUAUGAUUUGGUCAAUUGAUACGGAUGAUUUCCAUGGUGAUUGUAAAAAUGAGGAAGUAGCUACUCUCGAAAAAGGUUUUCCAAUGUUACGAACGGUAAAUAUUGUGCUAGCUGAAUCACCACCCGCUGAAGAUUCAAAUGAAAUUCCAACAGAUGUGGAUACUAAAACCGAUGAUGGAAAUAAUGGAUCAAUAUUGAAAAUUAAUUUAGUUUUACUUCUAUCCACAAUUAUUAUUUCUUUCCAUCAUUAAAAUACCAUAAUCGUUAUAAUAUUCUACUUUAUUUAACAGUGAUAUAAAAAAAUAAUAAAAAAUUGUUUCCGAUUUACCAAAAAUUAAUGUGCUGAACUGAGUUAAAAUAAGUUUAAUAAGUUUGUAGGUAUUCUAUGAAAUUUUAUAGAUUGUGUAAUUUUUACACAAAUAAAAAUGAAAUAUUGCUUAAAAUAUUUCAGACAGGAAAAAAUUUACGUUUUUAAGAAACGUAUUAGCUAAAGAAAUCAUGAAAGUUUUGCAAAAAAAAACCGGCAAUCGUUGCAUAUUGCUUCAAAAGAAACCACGAAAUAUUUGUUUCGUGAUACCUAAAAGUAGUGAUUUCAAUGGGCGAAAUUUUUCGAAUAACCUUAAUAAAAAUUUGUGUUCAUUUUUAGAAUAUAAAAAAGUGUUUGUUUUUUUUUUAAAUUUUAUAGAAUAAAAUUCGUUUUUGACUGUUUAAUAUGAGAUAGAAUAUUCAUUUUUUUAAUAAAUUUUUUUUAAAUAAAAA